GACGCUUGAAGUUUUUGUCAUCCCAUAUCCUUCAAGAACCUCACCACCAAAGCAGCUGCAAAUUCAUUGAGCAAUUGUUCAAAAACUUUGUCGCAAGUUAUUGGGACAAAUUAGUUUUUCACAUAAUCAACCACCGAAACUUACAUAUUCAUGGACCUUAGAAAGUAACGACGAGACUGACCCCUUCUCACUCACCAAGUAGAGGAAGGGUUAGCAGAGUCGGACUUCGAGAAGAGGUCGGGCGAGGCGAGUAGCUACACCUGCAUUGAUGAAAAGCCAAGGAGCUCGUGAAGAGUCAGAGCUGGAAUAGUUUAAUUUUUUGUUACAUGGUUAGGAGUACAAACUGGAGGUUCUAAGUUCAUUCAUUUUAAGUAUUGGGAUUGUCAUUGUCCCAGAUGUUCAGCCUUUUUGUUUGAAAUUCUUAAACAUUGUCGGUUUAUUUAUUUUAAAAAGUUGUUUGGGUUGCUCCGUAGUAACCGGUUUGUGGUUUGAGUUAUGGCUUGGUUUUCGAAAAAGGUCGGGUCGUUUCAAUUUGGGCCGAGUAUGUGUUGUCUCUCUACAAAGGUGGGCUUUGAGGAAAAAGAAGAUGAGUUUAAGAGCUUAGCAACUGGGCUUUCAAAGGAUUUUAGCCCAAUCCCGUCUAGAGGAGAGUUCUUUGACUCUUAUUUCGAGGACUUCAAAAGAGAGGAGGAAGAAUUGCUCGACUAUAGAGAACGUGACAUAUGUCACGUGGGUGAAGGAGAGUCGAGGAAAAUUGGAGUUCCGCGAGAAGAGUUCAUUCAAGGGAUCGAACGCAAUUGGAAACGAAGAAAUCGAAAGGUCAAGGAGGUGGAAGUCAACUGCAACCUUGAGGGCAAGGUUGCUUUCAAGAGGGGUGGAUUGUUAGAACCCACGUUUUAGGGUGUCUCUUAUUAUUUAUUAGUAGGAUAGUUAUAAUUAUAGUUAGUAGAGAUUUAGUCAAAGUAGAAUUAUUAUUAGGUUUUUCCAAUAUUUCCCUAUAAAUAUGUAAUUGAUAUUCAUUCAGAAUCAAUCAAGAAAAUCAAGAAAAGUAUUAAGCAAAGUAUCUCUCAUAAACCUAAUUUCUCUCAUCUCCUAAUUUAUAUUCUCUCAUAAUCCAAGGCUUCGGCCGAUUCUUGAUUCUAUUUUUUUCUUCUCAUUUAAAUCCCUAAUUAUUUCUUUCAACUCCUAAAUCCCUAUUUGUUACGAGUAAUUGCGGGUGUCAGAGAUCAGUCCCUAGAAUCCCUAGAAGUGGGGUUCUUUCAGACUGUUAAUUAGAGAUGAUCCAUAUUGGUGGAAAGUUGGUGAAAAAGGAGGCAUUGCAGUAAUAGACAAGAACCUAAUUGAACAUUGUUAUAAGUUAUAAGGCUCCUAGUGUUACAUGUCAUAGCUUGAAUUAGGAGCACUUCUACUGAUUAGAGUACAACUAUGCUUUAAAGUAUUGGUGUUUUAAAGUACAACUUGAAAUCAUACUAUAACGUUAAAGGUACAAAUUGAAGUUGUACCAUAAGGGAAGUUAACAUUUAUGUUGUGGUACAACUUUAAGUUGUGAAGUUGUAACAUAACAUAAAUGUACAACUUUAGUUUGUACCAUACAAGCAAAAAGCAAAGCACCAAUGUUUUAAAGCAUUGUAAAAUUCCUCUUGAAUUAGAUGUGACAGAGAUGUUAAUUAGCGCAAUCCAUUUCUUUUCAGGGAAGGCCUUGCUUAGUGCCUAGAUAGGCACGAGAAAGAUGGCUCAAAUGAGGAAGAGACACACUAGGCUUUGGUAGAGUCCUCCAAGCCCAAAGAGGCGGUGUGGUCCAUUCGAUCAAAUCCCAAAUGAUUGAUGCAUCAAAUGUGACUUUGUACUUGGGGCAAUGCCCAUGGAUUGUCUGGGUGGGUAUCUUCAAUGUCUCAAACAUCCUGGAUACUUUCGAGCAUCCAUUACUCGUCCCGAAUACCACAAUAAAUUUCCGCCUAAGGUCCAAGUAUAAACCUUAGUCGAGUGCAAUACAGGAUAAGUAUGUUUAAAUAUCGACUCGGGCCGGUCCGUCUACCCCUACUUCAGUCGUUUGAAUCAUUAUCCAACAACUCGGUUUUAGUUGAAAAGUUUGCUAAUUAAAGUAAAGCCAGACAAAAGGGAAUGGUUUUGAAAGCUCUUUUGUGAGAAGGAUCACUCGGGUGUCGCUUCCCCCUAACUACUACCAUGGUAUGUGAAUCGAAACGAUUGCUAUGGGUAAGGUGGUCGUGAACAACUAGGGGAUUCAAAUAUGGCCGUAGGCCACACUCAUGAUUGCUAAACCGAGGAAUACAUUAAAGGCUGUCACUCGGCCCUCUCUGUUUGGGCAAUCAAUAGUUGGCUUACUCCCUCACUCAACCCAAGGGUUGGUCGGCUCAAUUGCGCUUAACCAAAUUGCUUAAUCCCAAAUUGAGGUUUUCCCUAAAUUAACCUAGAUAUAUGACUUAAAAAUCCCUAGGAAUACCAACUCAAUUGAGCCUCCCUUGAAGGGGAUUUUCCCUCUCUAAUCUAGGUUAAUUGGCUAAUUAGAUUGCUAAGCACACCCAUGCACAACCCUUAGAUUGCUAAGCACAAACAUGCACAAUCAACAUGAAUAAUACCUCGAUCAUUGAAUUAAACAAAACCCAUAAACAAUCAUUCAAUUCACAUAACAGAAAACUACAUGGUAGCUAGUUAGGGUUUCACAACACCCAAGUGAAAAAGAAAUCUACUCCAUGCUAGAAAGGGAAGAAACACAAGGGGAAGAGGUGGAAACCAUCAUGAAGGAGGCUUCCCAUCUUCUUGGCACUUGUUUUGCAUUUCUCUUGGUGAGAAUCUCCCCAAAUCCAAUCUUGGAGCAAAACCCUAGCCUCCUUCUCCUUUGGUUCAUCUUUCUCUCUCUAAAAUAUGAAGAAGGCUUUCUCACUCAAGUGGGCUCUCCCCUCUCUCUUCCUUUCAGAUCAUCUUUUAAACAGAGAAAGAGCUUAGUUCAUGGCCCUAGUUCACGACCGUGAACUCUCAAAUGCGUUCGUGAACUCCAAAAGGGCGCCGAAACGCACCGCUUCGUCUGCACGUAGUUCACGGUCAACGGCUCCUGUUCACGGUCUUAGUGACCGUGAAAUCAUCUUGCGUCAGUAACCUCUUGAAAUGCAAUGGACGCCUCGACAUUCACGGGCAACAGCUCUUCUUCACGGUCAUACAAGACCGUGAACAUCCAGGGAAAACAGUGAACUCGCCGUUUUUCAUCUCUUCUCCCGGUUUUCGAUCCUUUUCGUCCAACUUUCGACUCCGGGGCUGGUUUCACCAGUUAAAUAAUGAAACAUGCUAAAACAUGAGAAACCUAGCGUAAAACCACCCUUUUAGGAGCGAAAUUGCCACAAACGCUAAGGAAAACGAGGUAAAACAUGUACAAUUAGGCGCGAAUCAAUCCACCCUGGCAUUGUCAGGUUCACGAUGGCUUAUACUAGCAUUACGACGAGUUGAUCAUAGCAAAAUGAAGCAAAAAUGAGUUGAUCGUAGUAUGAUCGAACGAGAAAAUCAAACCAUUAGGAGUCCGUGCAGUACCUAAGCCGUGUACAUGCACCUGGGUGGAAUCUUCAUGUAGUGACCAAGUUUGAGGUCCGACAAGAAAGACAAAUCAUGAACUGUACUAAUCCUACCAUAUAUCUUGAACAACAAUUUAGCCAUUGGCUUCCUUGGCAAGACAUAGCCGAAUAUGAAGUGGGUUAUGAUGUCACAGCCUGGUUGCCACAUUCCCAAGUCACCAACUAGAUUAUUAGAAUCUUCCUUGUUGGAGAAUCACAUUCAAGGAAUUAGAUCACAUAUAUAAUAUACCUGGUUGGUGGUUGCCUGAAUGACAACAAUGGGUUGCCUGAAUGUCACUCUCGAUUUACUCAUAUAUUGAUGGAAAUUUUAAUUUUAUAAUUCUAUGCAUAUAUUUUCAUUAUGGGUUGUCAGCCCUCGAAAGUUUGGUCUCGGGUACUCAACGACAUAUGUAGGGGAAGUUCUCUCCAUCUCAGGUAACUCACAUCCUAAGUUGACUCAAGCCUACUCCCGAUCUAGUUCAACUUUGAUUCACUAAACCUGGAUGAACUGUUCAACAAAAUGAAGGUAGCAAAGGAAUCCUCAUUGGGGCGAGUGGCCAACUCGUUCGAGAAGCUGGAACCGCAAUAGGUCGAGUGUUAUACCUUAAUAUUGUUUGCAUUACGACUCAUAAAGUUUUAUAUAUGAACACUUUAUGUUAUGUAUAACGAAUUACUAUAUAUAACAAAAUUAUUUUAUAUAAUAGUUAUGUUAUAUAGAAUUCUAAAAUAUAACAUAUAUGUCAAACAUUAUGCAUGUAUACUACAAUAUUUAAUUAAAGAUAUAAUUUCUUUAAUGUUCCUUUCUUCUUAAAUUGUACAUAUUUUUCUCAGAUUGCAAGCACUGCAAUAUAUGUAACCAUAUAAUAUGAUGUGUGUAUGCUAUUGCAGUUCUUAUCAAUCAAUUCCACCGUUCUAAGGGAGACAAGAUGGUUAAGUAUGUUUAUGUCUUUUCCAUAUUCUUUCUCGUGUCAUAUUAGAGACGAAGAAUUUUCAAUGUUGUUGAAGUCCAUCACUCUGACUCAGGUGCUAUAAUUGUUGUCGUUGUGCUGGAAUCAACUUCAAGGGUUGUUUAAGUCCUUUUUUUCCAGAUUCAUUGGGCUUGCUUUGAGUGGUUCUUUCAUAUUUCCAAACUGCAGUAGCAACUGCACUCGGGUAUACCAAUUUGUAAUCAAUUAUCAACACCUGAAAAAAUAAAGUUUUAUCUGAUGAAAAAAGCACGAAUUUGGAGCCAAACAUCAAUGAUAAGUGAAUCUAUCUCUUAGGAUGUUUACCUUCCUUAGAGGAACAAGACCAAACAGCCCAACAAAAUUGCUGUAAAAAAGAAAACCUAUCAUCCAAAUAACAACACUCUUUUAUGCUCCUUUAAUUGUUUCCCUCUGAAUUUGUCCAAGACUGUUCAUAGGUCUUCUUCUUCAUUCCCAGCAGAUAUGAACCAAAUCUGCUUGCAGUCGAAAAAUAGAGAGGACUGCAAGUUUCUAUUUAAUAUAUCAAUAAAUACACCAAGAAGCAACAAACUUUGAAGACAUUCAAUAUUCUAACAUGCAAAAGCCAUGCUAUAACAAGCUACAACACACGUCUGAAUCAAAGUGCUCUCUUGUUUGAUGAAGGGUUUGGAGACAAACCCAGUUUUUCCAAUAGCAUGGUCCAUGUCUUGACAAACACAAAGCCAACCAGGGCAGCACAUAUGUUGAAAUUUGGGACUAGGCCAGUUUUCAGAGCCAGCUUCAUCACAAUGAUGUUGUAGAUAACCCCGAUGACAAUGUUGGCCACAAGUCCUCUGACGUUGGCCUGCUUCGUCCAUGGAGCAAUCCUCCUCACUUCCUCUUCUUUUUCCUCUCAUGCUAGAGGAGGAGCUUCAUUUGAGAUGUUCGUCUCAUGUACUUCCUCUUCCAUAUCUUGUAUCUUCUGGUCUCAUGUGUUACCAGCGUCCUCAUUUCCUACAUUUUCUCCUUAUAACUGGUAUGAUCCCUCAUUUCUUGACUCAUUCCCGCUCUUCUUCUGUUUGCUUGCAAUAACCACACACCAAUCAGUAACUCAAUCGAGAUAGAAACCAGACAGGUAAGUAAUAGAUGUGUAUUACACAUAGCAAGAGGUAUCUUUGGUUUUUCACUGCUAGCUUGGAUUCUUCUUCUUCGUCGUCGUUACUAUUUCAUAGCAGAGUCACACUGUAUCUUGAUUUUUUAAGGAGAUUGAAGGACUGCAUGAAUAAAAAACUAACGAGUUACGUCGGAGUAGUGAUACCUCUUUUAAUAAUCUGGUAGUGAUAUACUGAGCAGAUAGGCCACUCUACUAUUCCGGUAAGCGAUUGUAAUUGCAAUAUGCAUGUCUCUGCAUUUUUGUUAAUAGAUUUAAGAAAGAAUUUCAAUUGGU